AUUCAGGUCAACGGAAGCGUUGAUACGGGUUUCACAUUUGCUCUGCAUCUGAACGAUAGUUACGGUGCGGUGUUGUUGGGCGAGAAUGGCUACGUGCUAAGCGGAAUGGUUGGAGAGUUGGAUAUCGAUGAGGCAGAUUUGGCCGUUGGAGCGCUCACAAUCAAUCCAGAACGAGAGCAGUACAUCGAUUUCUCAGAGCCAUGGCUCUAUCAUGGCAUCAAAAUACUCGAAAAAUGGCGUCCUCGUGAUUCACCAAUGGAGUCUUUUCUACAACCACUGAAAACCAGUUUGUGGAGUGCGCUGUUCGUCUCGGUGAUAUUCGUUGGGUGUGCGAUUUUCUGUCUUGAUUUGUAUUCGCCGUUUGAUCGUUUCUAUCGCAUCGAUAAAUCACAAAUCGAUCCAACUGAUCCGUUCCUUGAGCCGACCAGUGAUGAUCGAUUGGAUUUCGGUGAAUCAAUGUGGUUCGUAUGGGGUGUUCUACUGAACAGUGGCGUUUCAGAAAAGACACCACGAAGCUGUAGCGCUCGUGUGCUGGGUGUGGUAUGGUGUGGAUUCUGCAUGAUUAUGGUCGCAUCGUAUACAGCCAAUCUUGCCGCAUUUCUUGUGCUCGAUCAACCCGAUAAAGGCCUUAUCGGAAUAACAGAUCCUCGAUUCCGUAAUCCGUCAGCAAAUUUUUCGUUUGGUACAGUGCUAGACACGAAUACAUAUCAGUAUUUCAAACGUCACGUUGAGUUGUCGACAAUGCAUCGUAAUAUGGAGGCACACAACGUUCGUCAUGCAUCUCAUGCAAUAAGUGCUCUCAUGAACGGAACUUUGGACGCAUUCAUUUGGGAUUCCACUCGACUGGAAUUCGAAGCGGCACGGAACUGUGAGCUGCGUACACGAGGUGCACUCUUCGGUCGAUCUGCCUAUGGCAUCGGUUUGCAGAAAAACUCACCGUGGACACCACACAUCACGAAUGCGAUCCUUCGACUCACCGAAAAUGGUAAAAUGGAGGAAUUAUACGAAAAAUGGAUAACAUCGCCGUCAUCCAAAGAGUGCAUCCAAGGCCCACCGAAGUCUCCGGCUCGCUUAGGACUUACCAAUAUGAGAGAUGUUUUCAUCCUUGUUUCGGGUGGUAUAGGCGUUGGUAUUGUGCUGAGCAUGAUUGAAGUAUCGUACGGUGGGAGAAAAGCAGCGAAACGGUAUGAAAUUUUUUUUAACCUCAAAUACAGAUUUACCUCAAAUCUACGAAACGGUAUUUUUUUUAACCUCAAAUGCAGAUUUACUUUAAAAUCUACUGAUUGUGAAAUAAUUCAUUGUACAUUGUAUACAAACGCGACUCUUUUUAUUAAUCCCAUCCUAAUGAUACUCUUAUUCUUGUGGCCAUGUGCGCCGAUUCCGUGUUUUUUAGUGUGUUUCGCUGAUUUUGUUCAUGUCUGUCCCGUUUGUUCGCAUUCAAUUGGACGUUAUCGACGUUUGAGAGGAGCGAAGUUUUUCGUUUAA